AUGUCGUACACCACCAGCCUCACAGGUCGCGAGCGGUCAAGAUGGCCACCGCUGACGCGCAUGCUCAUGUCCGGAGAGAUGUCGGACGAAAAGGCGCGAGAGUUGACCCGGAAAGAGAAAUUUGACGUGUGGAUGGUCAACGAGGGUUACCGAAGAUUCUUUGUGUUCACCUUUGCGAUAUUGCACGUCAUGGUCUUCGUCUUUGGUAUGAUGAACUAUGGACUGAAGGAUAACUCUAUUGGUUCAAGGAAUCGCUUUGGUCUGACCUUCCCCAUUGCUCGUUCGGCCGCUCUGGUGCUCCACGUCGACGUCGCUUUCAUCCUCUUUCCAGUAUGCAGGAACCUAAUUUCUAUGGCCCGUCGUACGCCGUUGAACGACGUAAUUCCUUUCGACAAGAACAUUACCUUUCACAAGCUGGUGGCCUGGUCCAUCGUGUUUUUCUCCUGGGUUCAUACUAUCGCCCAUUGGAACAAUCUCGCCCGAUUCUCGGCAACGAACGACCUAGGAUUUAUGGGAUUCAUCCUAGCUAACCUUGCGACCGGACCUGGAUGGAGUGGUUACGUCAUGUUGAUUGCGCUCAACGCGAUCGCUAUUACAGCUGCUGAGAAGGCUCGUCGCGCAAACUUUGAACGCUUCUGGUACAUGCACCAUCUGUUCAUCAUAUUCUUCGUCUUCUGGUCGAUCCAUGGAGCCUUCUGUAUGAUUCAACCCGAUUUUGCGCCUUUCUGCGAUGGAAUUGGUGUCUUCUGGGAGUACUGGAUGUACGGUGGAUUUGCCUACCUGGCUGAACGCAUUGCCCGCGAAGUACGUGGACGACACAAGACGUACAUCUCCAAGGUCAUUCAGCAUCCUAGCAACGUUUGCGAGGUCCAGAUCAAGAAGGAGCAUACCAAAACUCGUGCUGGACAGUACAUCUUUUUGUGCUGCCCUGAAAUCUCCAUCUGGCAAUACCACCCCUUUACACUUACCAGCGCACCUGAGGAAGACUACAUCUCUGUGCACAUUCGUAUGGUCGGAAACUUCACCAAAGCCUUCGGUCAGGCCCUUGGUUGUAGCACGGAGAGGAAGCCCCCUGGCGAAAAGGGUGAGAAGGGCGGAUCGAGCGAAGAGAUCGCCUUGCGACAGAUCCUCCCCCGAGUCUACAUCGAUGGUCCUUUCGGUUCCGCCUCUGAGGAUGUGUUCAAGUUCGAAGUCGCCGUUCUCUGUGGUGCUGGUAUUGGUGUUACACCUUUCGCCUCGAUUCUCAAGAGUAUUUGGUACCGCAUGAACUACCCUCAGGGAUCUCGUACAAGGCUAAGGAAGGUAUACUUCUUCUGGAUCUGCAGAGAUUUCGGGUCGUUUGAAUGGUUCAGGUCGCUGUUGCUGGCUAUUGAGGCACAGGAUAUCGAUGACCACAUCGAGAUCCAUACCUACCUUACAGCAAAGAUCAAGGCAGACGACGCGACAAACAUCAUGAUCAAUGACGCAAACGCCGAACAGGACGCCAUCACCGGUCUCCGCGCUCCUACAAACUUCGGUCGACCCAACUGGGACAUGAUCUUCAAGUCCAUCCGCAAGAUCCACUCACCUGCCGAGGCUGGUGUCUUCUUCUGUGGCCCCAAGGGUCUUGGUUCUACGCUCCACGUCAAGUGCAACAUGUACUCUGAGCCUGGCUUCAGUUUCGUAUGGGGCAAGGAGAACUUCUAG